AUGGCCUCUGCAGAAGUCGACACUAUGACCAUUGGCAAUGAGGUGACUCCUCCCGCCUCUCCAACAGAAAACGUCCACGAUGUCAGCCAGUACUUUGCUACCAACAGCAAGACUUUGUCAAAAAAGCGUGCCGCCGCCGAAGGCGCUAGUGGAAACAUCGAACAAACCCCCAAAAAGCGCAAUACGCGCAAGAAGGACGAUCAAGAGACUGACAAUGAGUCUAAUGACACCGUCGAGCCAAAGACUCCAAGCCCCAAGAAGGGCGGUAGUGUCUCAAAGAAAGGCAAGGUCAAGGAAGAGCCUACCGAAGAACCCGACACUCCUAGCAAAUCCCUACCCACACCAAAGGCGACCCCCAAGUCUUCUAAGAAGAAAGACAGCACUGGCCCUCGCCAGCUAAAAGGCAAGAGUCAAGCUAUCGCGAUCCCUACUUCUUGGGACAAUGCUACCCAAGCCGAUCGCCUGCUCGUCGAGAUGAAGGAAAAAGGUGAAAAAUGGGAGAAGAUCCGUGAGAUGUGGAAGACGGAGACUGGCGAGGAUAGUGGUAAUAGCACUCUACCAAACCGCUACAACCGCAUCAAAUGCAACAUGAUGCGCCUUAAGCCAGGUCACGACAAGACGCUCCUACGCACUGAACGCAACAUUGCCGACGAUCACCAGAAGCGACAAGAACAGCUGUUCCGUGACUUUGAGCGUCAGAAAGUCGAGUUCGAAGCUAAUCUCGAAAAGCAGAAGCGUGAGCUCGAGGCUUCAAAGUGGUCGACGAUUGCGGAAACAAUUAGGAAGGAGACCGGGGAGCGCUAUAUGGAACCAUUCCUGAUGAAGCAAUGGAAGCUGCUUAGUAAAGGCGAGGCUGUUGAGCUUGCUGUCGAUGUCGAUGACAAUGCUGAUGAGAAGGUGGCUAACGGGAUCAUUACGGUGAAGGAAGAAGAGGAGGAAGGUCAGGACGAAGAAGACGAGGUGAUGGAGGGAUGA